UUAUACAGUAUUACACUGUACUGUAUAUAGACGUCAUUAUAGAUUAGUUGUCAACAUUGGCUGACAAAUCAACUAACAGUUAAUCAAUUGAUCCGAUUGUCAACACAUUAGUUAUACCAUAGUUUGCCAUAACAUUGAUUGUAUUGAAUAUCGUUUGGUUAAACACUUGUUAAACAGUGAAAAAAUGUCUUAUCCAUACCCGCCUCCCGAUGCCAUCAAUAGUCAACCUGUAUCGGGAGCACCGUAUGUACCGUAUCCGCCACCAAAUAAUACAAUGUAUCCACCUCCAGGUAUGCCCGGAUAUCCUGCACCACAAACUGGUGGUUACUCGAUGCCAGGCUUUCAACCACAGCCACAACCGCCAGCAAUGAAUGUCGGUUACGGACAGCCACCACCACAACAGGGAGCAGAGCAAUGGAUGAACAUUCCGAUGGGUAUACCUAACUGUCCCCCGGGUCUCGAAUAUCUGACACAAAUCGAUCAACUAUUAGUUCAUCAGAAAGUAGAACUUCUUGAGGCAUUUGUCGGCUAUGAAAGCGCUAACAAGUAUUCAGUGAAGAAUAGUUUGGGACAAAAAGUCUAUCACGCAAUUGAAGACAACGAUUGCUGUACUCGAAACUGUUGCGGAAAUAUUCGUCCGUUUGAUAUGAAAAUUCUGGACAACACUCAGCGUGAAGUCAUUCACUUAUAUCGUCCGUUAAGAUGUGACUCGUGUUUGUUUCCGUGUUGGCUACAGAAAUUAGAAGUGAGUGCUUCGGGUAAUAUAAUUGGUUACAUAACUCAAGAAUGGAGUAUAUUUGUACCUAAAUUUCGAGUGGAAAACUCUUUUGGUGAAUGUGUACUCAGAAUUGAAGGUCCCUUCUGUACAUUCAGUAUGUGCGGUGACGUAGAAUUUCAGAUACUUUCAAGAGACGGAUCAGUUAAUGUCGGAAAGAUAACUAAACAAUGGGCAGGUCUUAUCAGAGAAGCCUUUACUGACGCCGACCAUUUUGGUAUAACUUUUCCAUUGGAUUUGGACGUCAAUAUUAAAGCAGUGCUUUUAGGAGCAUGUUUUCUAAUUGAUUUUAUGUUUUUCGAGAAGUCUAACAAUAAAGAGAACGAUCGAUUGGGAAUGUUUUAAGUGAAUGUUUCAAAAAUAA